AUGGCAGCUCUCAAGAAGAUUGUCUAUAACCAUUACUUCGGUCCCUUGAGUAGCGUUCCAAUGGCGCCAGGAGAUUGGUUCAUCUUUGGGCAUACGCCAUACAUGUUCGGUGCAAUCCCAGGUGGAUGGAUCCUCGACUUUGUUAAUCAAAACAAAUACAACGACUAUGGAAUGAUAAGGACAGAGGGUAUAUUGCAUCUAAGCGAUUCAGUGAUUCUAACGCACCCUUAUUUAUUCCACAAAGUUCUUAGCACCCGCUGUUAUGACCAUAUCAAACCGCCCAAGCGCUCUGAAUUCAAUGAACGGAUAGUUGGGCGUGGUAUAGCUACCGCUGAGCUUGCAGAGCACAGAGCGCACCGAAAGUCUGUUCGACCAGCUUUUCUCGGCCAUGUUAUCAAGGAACUUAUCCCGAAAAUGUGGCUUAAAGCUCUUGAUUUUUCAGGUUAUAUGGCAAUUGAGUCAAAUGCCACCGACGGUGCUAUUGAAUUUACCAGAUUUGUCUCCCUGAUCACACUUGAUGUCAUUGGAGUUGCUGCCUUUGGGGAAGACUUCAAGUCCCUGUACGGUCCACAGAAUGAACUUGCAGCUACGUUUCGUCAAAUGCUAAAGCCAACCCGAGCUUUUAUCCAAUACCUUAUAGUUACGGAGAAGAAGGAUGUGGUUCAGAAAGGGGGCAAGCACGGCACCACCAUCUUAUCAGUGCUUUUGAGAAAUGGAGAGUUCUCUGACGAUAGUGUCCGGGAUCAGAUGUUGACCUUCCUGUUCGCAGGCCAUGAAACUACGAGUAUAUCAAUCACUUUUGCCAUGUACCUUCUUGCUACACAGCCGGAAAUUCAAGAGAGACUCCGAGUCGAAGUUCGAGGGGUGUUAUCGCAGUACCGUCCAGACGAACUCACAGAUCGAACGUUUGAUUCCAUGCCUCUCCUUGCUGCAGUCGUAUCCGAGGCUCUCAGAAUCUGGCCUGUGGCGCCACGAGUUGCUAGAGUAGGCAGAGAGACUCACGGAGGGACCAACCACCCUCUCGCAAAGAGUAUCACUUUCUUGUUUGGGCCGCGAAGCUGCAUUGGACAAAGCUUUGCUAGGGCAGAGAUGAAGUGUCUGGUUGCAAGUAUGGUCUAUAGGUUCAAAAUUGAGAUGCUACGUCCAGACGAGGACUUUGUAGUUGCCGGGGCUCUUGCGAUCAAGCCUGCGAAUGGCCUGCAUCUUCGUCUCACUGAUAUAGCUAACAAGUCCAGGCCCGAAUUUGGACCUCAGCAGCCACUCGCAGCCGCUCCGGAAUCCCCGAGGCGUUUCAGCGUUCCCGACAUAGCAAACUGGGUAGUGCAGGUUCUACCAGGGGGCGCCAUCAAGAAAGACCAGUUUAGUAUAAAGGAGUUUCUUUCUCAAACCGUGGGUAGGACAUAUCUUUCCCGGCCUGACACGCGUCCAGUAACCAGCCGUCUUCAUCUACGGACUUCUUCGCCCCCUGAUCUGUAUCUAGAGGAGACAGGUAGCGAAGUACUCCAUAGACGUGGCACUCCUCUAGAUAGAGACCAGCAAGCAAGUUCUGCAGGACCAUGA